AGAGGAAUGCAAUGCAACCGUGAUGAAUAUUAAUUGUGCAAACAAGGAGAGCUUUGGAUUGCGUACGCGAUUCGUCGACAUCGCUUAGCUCCGAUUCCGAUUACGAAUCCACAUUAGAACCCUCAAACUCACACAACCUGCAUUGCGAUUCUCUCAACCUUUUCCGUCCGAUCUGUGCAUCUCGGCUCCGCCACGGGGAGGAGGAGCCUACCGGCCACCGGAAAAUGGGACUCUGCGGCUCCAGGCCGGUGGGUUGUGUCGGAGGAAGACUGGUUCCGGCGGGAAAAAGGAAUCGGAGGCGGAGACGAAGAAGUAUCAAGCGCCGAACAUCAUCCCUAAAGCUCGAUUCGUCUUCUGUGCAUAAUCGGCCUCAGUCUACCCCUACAUGUGCAGGUAGAGGAAGUGUCGAUGCGGCAUGGUUUGAUUCUACUUCAGUCCUUGAUUCGGAAUUUGAUGACGAGUUUUAUAGCUUUCGUGAUGAUGAGGUUUCCACAGAAAGUGAAAAUGGAAAAGGAAGUGAAGCGGUUGAGUUGAACAACUGCGGGCUUCUUCCAAAUACUUGUUUGCCAUACCUUGCUGCUGGACCCUCAGUUGAAAAAAAGAGACAAAUCAACCAAGGAGCCCCAAAUUUAAGGAGAAAAGCAUCUUCAAAACUCUCAUUUAAGUUGAAGGAAGGACACAAUGAUCCAACGACAUUUUCACCAAGGGCGCCUUUGCAAAGACCAAUAGCAGGCACUUCAGUUCCGCACUGCCCAUUAGAGAAGAGAAUGCCCAAUUGUUGGUCACCUAUUGACCCCAGUGUGUUUAAAGUCCGAGGGAAGAACUAUUUUAGAGAUAAGAAGAAAGAGUUUGCUCGAAAUUGUGCUGCAUAUUAUCCCAUUGGAGCUGAUGUCUUCUUGUCUCAGAGAAAGGUUGAUCAUAUUGCCCGUUUUGUGGAACUUCCUGCCAUAAAUCCAGCUGGAGAUGUCCCUUCUAUUCUUGUAGUAAAUGUUCAGGUACCACUGUACCCUGCUACAAUCUUUCAAGGAGAAAAUGAUGGGGAAGGCAUGAGUGUGGUUAUGUACUUUAAGCUAUCUGAGAGUUAUUCGAAGGAACUUCCAAGUUCUUUCCAAGAACAUUUUACUAAAUUAAUUAAUGACGAAGUCGAAAGGGUUAGAGGUUUCCCUCUGGAUAGCAUUGUACCGCUCAGAGAAAGAUUGAAAAUUAUUGGCCGAGCAGCAAAUGUGGAGGACCUUCAUUUGAGUGCAGCUGAAAGAAAGCUUAUGAAUGCGUACAACGAAAAACCUGUCCUCUCACGACCUCAACAUGAAUUUUACUUGGGGGAGAAAUACUUCGAAAUCGAUUUGGACAUGCACAGAUUUAGCUAUAUCUCAAGAAAAGGUUUUGAAUCCUUUAUUGACAGAUUGAAGCUAUGCAUCUUGGAUUUUGGCUUGACAAUUCAGGGAAACAAGGCAGAAGACUUGCCAGAACACAUGUUAUGUUGUAUUCGACUGAACGAAAUCGACUACUCCACUUAUAAAUCACUGGGUAUUUAAAAUGCAUAAUCAUCAACUGUUUGUGAUGUCUGGGAGGGAAACACAGAAAUAAACGCAGUGCUGUUCAGUAAAUAGAAGAUUAGCAAAGCAAAUCAACAACAGAAACAAAAAGUGUAACCCAUUUUGGCAUAAUGUAUUCCGUUAUAUAUAUUAUAUAUAUCUAUAUAUAUAUGCAGUUUGUAGUUGUAGUUCUUGUACAAUCAUUCUUUCGUUCCUGAUAAUUCUGUAAAAGAUAGAUUAUUCUGAAAUACAGAUUUUGAUGAAU